AUGUCUCCAUAUGCAUUGGUGUUUGGUAAGGCAUGCCAUCUACCCUUGGAGUUGGAGCACAAAGCUCAUUGGGCCACAAAGAAGUUAAACCUGGACUUGCAAACUGCUAGCAAGACGAGAAAACUACAAUUAAAUGAACUUGAUGAAUGGGGGCUUCUGGCCUAUGAGAACGCAAAAAUUUAUAAAGAAAGAACAAAUAGUUGGCAUGACCAAUACAUCUGUAAAUUGCAAUCGCGUUGGUCUGUCCCAUUCAUAAUCAAAGAAAUCUUUUCCCAUGGCGCUGUAGAAUUAGCCAAUGAUGAUGGAACUAAUGGAUUUAAAGUAAAUGGGAAACGCAUUAAACCUUAUUAUGGAGGAAAGUUUGAUCGCAAUAAAGUCUCCAUUGAUCUUGGAAAGCCCGAGUGA